UUAUAAAUGAUUGGAUUUAAUUAAAAGAACACAGUUGAUGUUAUUGAUAGCAAUAAAUAAAACAUUGGUUUCAAUAAAAUAUCAAAUCCAUUUGAAUUUUAUUACAAAAAAGGAAGUCUUCCUUAUGAUCUAUGGAAAUUUUAGCAAAGAUGUGAUUAGUUAGAGGAAUUAGGCAUUUUAUAACCAUAAAAUGAUGGAGAUAAAACACAAUUAAGAUACGAAGAUUUAAAAUUACCAGAAUUAAUGCCAUACAGGAAUCACACUCCUCCUUAUUAGAAAGAAAGGUAUAAAUAGAAUAUGAAAAUGAAAUCGCUUGAUACAAUUUUAAAGUACAAGCGAGAACAUGAGAAAGUAUCUUCAUUUCAAAUGAAAUAGUAUGAAAAACCAAUAAGAUUUUAUAAAGAUUAUUUUAAUGGAGAUUCAAAAAUAGGAAAACAAUAAUUAAUUCAGCAAUCGUAUAAAAGUUAACAUGACACUCCUAAAAGUUAAAUUUAAUUCAUGAAUAAUAUUCCUAAUUAUUAUGCUUCUAAAGAAUCUAGUAGUCCUUUAAAAAAUUUACAAGUAUCAAGCUUACAUUAAUAUAAAGUAACAGCUAGUGAGAAUGAAAAUUAUAUUAAUUACAAUAUUUACAAUAAUGAUUUUCCUUAAGUUGUUAAUUCCAUCAAAAAAUAAUAUGAAGAUUAUAAAGAGCUCAUUUCAAGUGAACCAUCCUUUUUUUAGAGAAGGAAUGGUGGAAAUUACAAAUCUGUACCUCUUGCUGCCUAGCAAUAUGAUCCACCCUCUAUUCCUAAAAUUGAAGAGCCUUAAUUGAAACUUAUAGCGCCAAUAAUGCCUGUAUUUGUUCCUAUUAAUGAAAAAUUACCUUAAAAUUAUAUGAUAAAUAUGCCAUUAAUGCCUAGUCAAGAAACUUAAAAUUUUGAAAGUUAACCCACUACUAAUAAUUCCACAGUUUACACGGAUGCUAAAAAAUUAUAAAAUGGUAAAUUUGCUAAUGGAUAAAAUUAAAACCGGUUUGUUGAACCUAUAGCAAGUAGGUAUUCUUAAUAAAAUAGAUUUGAAUCUCUAAAUAAAAAAUACAAACCUGAUUUACUGCCAAAAGGAGAUAAGGCAGGCUAUAACAUGAAUCCACAUUCAACAGCUGUUAACGUUGUAUAUUAAAAGUAAAUAAAUAACUAAUUAAAAUCUAUGCAAGAAAUAGAGGAUAAAAAGUAGAAAGAAGAGCAAAAGAAAAUAAGCUAACAAUAGCUAGAGGAGUAAUAUGCUAAAAAUCUAUCAAGAAUAUUUAAAUGA